AAGCCAUUCUUUAUCAUUUUUCCUCUUCUUUUUUUUUUUCUUACAUCUUCUCUAUACUACAGCAAUUCAAUGGCCCUUUUAAAUAGCAACUGCCCCGAUCUUAAACUUAUUGCCCGCGGCAAAGUACGUGACCUUUAUGAAGUAGACGAAAAGUCCCUCUUAUUUGUAGCCACUGAUCGUAUCAGUGCCUUUGAUGUUAUCAUGAACAAUGCUAUUCCUGGAAAAGGCAAAAUCCUUACUCAAAUCUCUCUCUUUUGGUUCGAUCUCUUGAAGGACGUUUUACCCAACCAUUUAAUUACUGCCAAUUUUGAUGAAAUGCCUGCCAAAGUCCAAAAGUAUCGCGAUCAGCUUGAAGGUCGAUCCAUUUUAGUCAAGAAGAUGAAAGUGUUGCCUAUUGAAGCUAUCGUCCGUGGAUAUAUCACUGGAUCUGGAUUGACUGAAUACAAAAAGAAGGGAACUAUUUGCGAUAUUCCUCUUCCAGAAGGUUUGGUUGAUAGCCAAAAGCUCCCAGAAGUCCUUUUUACACCUAGUACCAAGGCUGAAAUAGGUGAUCAUGAUGAAAACAUUCAUCCUUCAAAAAUGGCAGAGAUUUUGGGUGAUAAGGAACUUGCUGAUAAAGUAACCAGAUCAGCUAUUGAGCUCUACACAAAGGCAAGCGAAUAUGCAGCAAAGAAAGGCAUCAUUAUUGCAGAUACCAAAUUCGAGUUUGGAUUAGAUGAAAACAACCAAUUGAAUGUAGUUGAUGAAGUCUUGACGCCAGAUUCAUCUCGUUUCUGGCCAGCUGAUAAGUAUGAAGCAGGACGUACACAAGACAGCUUUGACAAGCAGUUCUUGCGUAAUUACCUUGAGUCUAUCAAGUUUGAUAAAAAGACAAGUAUUGAACUUCCUCAAGAUGUUAUUGAUAAUACCCUGGCCAAGUAUAAGGAAGCCUUCUUCUUAUUGACUGGAAAACAAAUCUCUUUGUAAAAUAUAUUUAUACUGUAGUUCAACUAAUAAACAUUGUACUUUUAAUAAACUAAAAGAGAAAGGCAUAGCUACAGAGC